CUUAUAUAAUAUGUAAACAACAUAUGUUGUUGUUUCACAAAUUAAACAUGAGCGGGGGACUUGCACCAUCUAAAAGCACCGUGUAUGUUUCGAACUUACCAUUUUCUUUAACCAACAACGACCUACAUAAGAUUUUUGGGAAAAUGGGAAAAGUGGCCAAAGUUACUGUGACAAAAAACAAGGAAGACCGUGAGAGCACUGGCCUUGCGUUUGUGUUGUAUUUAAAGAAAGAAGAUGCAAUGAAAGCUGUGCAUAUUAUGGAUGGGAAGCAGCUUCUUGGUAGAAAACUAAAAUGCAGCAUCGCGAAGGACAACGGUCGAACAAAGGAAUUUAUCAAAAGAAAGGAAUACAAGGAUAAAUCACGAUGCUACGAGUGUGGGGAUUUUGAUCACCUUAGUUACAAUUGUCCAAAGAACAAGUUUGGAGACCGAGAACCUCCUCCAAAGAAAAAGAGAAGCAGAAAACCACAAGUUACAUUCCAUAACAUGAAAAGAACAAAACAAGCGAAACCAGUAAUUGAACCCGAAGAUUCUGAUGGAUCUGGUGAAGAUCCUUCAUUAGAGAGCUUGAGUUGUGUCAUUGCUGAAGAGAGCAUGAAAGCUUCGCGGUCCGAUGUUGUAAUUAGUUCAAGAAAGAAAUACAAAAAAGAUUCGUAUUUUAGUGAUGAGGAAGAUCUGGAUUGAAGAGAGAUUGAACCUGUAUGUUGGGGGUCAUCUGGAACUGAGAGGUAAACCCAUUGGUCUCAACAUCUCUGGCCUAAAAACCCCAGAAUUUCCAAUCUCGACCCAUUUUUUAAGCCCCGAAUGGUACCCGAACACCUCCAUAGAAGGCUCAGUGUACGGGUUAUAAGCAGGCUUGAAACGCAGCUGGUGGACGCCUAGUUUCCUAAAAAAUUCAUGCAGGACGCCCAUGAGGUCCCCGAGUGUCACGCUUCGAUCGGCGACGACUCCCUCCACUUGCUGGAACUCAGCGAGGUGAGUCGCGUCGAGCGUCUCGUUCCGGAAAACUCGGUCGAUGGAAAAAUAUUUGACUGGUUUGAAUUCCUUCUGUUGUGCAAGGUUGUACAACAUGCGCGCACUCACGGCGGUUGUGUGCGUGCGUAGAACAUUCUUCUGAGCUUCGUCAAUUUUCCAGUCGUAUCUGUAACCCUGUGUUAAUGAGAUGUUUUAAACUACAAUACAUAAGAAACCCCAAA